UUUUAUUUUUUCUGAAUGGCGGAUGAAUCGUCGUCGUCGGCCGCCGUGCUAGCCGUUUCUCCGUUGACGGAGGAGGAGCUGACUUUAACGGUGAAGUGGAGCGGAAAAGAGUACACCGUUAGAGUGUGCGGCGACGAUACGGUGGGGGAACUCAAGCGGCGGAUUUGCGAGGCAACAAACGUGCUCCCCAAACGGCAAAAGCUUCUAUACCCUAAAGUCGGCUCGAAGCUCGCCGAUGAAUCUCUACUUCUCUCUCAGAUUCCGUUGAAUCCUCUCAAAUUGACCAUGAUUGGUACAGUUGAAGAUGAUAUAUAUAUAGAUCCAGUGGAAUCCCAAGAGGUAAUUGAUGAUUUUGAACUUGGUCAAGAUGAAGUUGUGGACAUCAAAGAUAAAGAAGUCAAUAAACAGAAAUUGAGACGACGUGUUCAGCAGUGCAAAAUUGAAAUCCGAAAUCCCUGUCGUGAAGGCAAAAAACUGCUUGUUCUCGAUAUCGAUUACACCCUCUUUGACCAUCGGUCUCCAGCAGAGAAUCCAUUACAACUUAUGCGGCCUUAUCUUCAUGAAUUUCUCUCGGCCGCCUAUGCUGAAUACGAUAUCAUGAUAUGGUCUGCAACCAGCAUGAAGUGGGUCGAAUUGAAGAUGGGGCAGCUUGGGGUACUGAAUCAUCCCAACUAUAAAAUUACAGCUCUCAUUGAUCAUUUGGCAAUGAUCACCGUUAGAUCAGAUACACGUGGCGUCUUUGAUUGCAAACCACUUGGCCUAAUUUGGGCACACUUUCCUCAGUUCUACAGCGAGAAAAACACAAUCAUGUUUGAUGAUCUGCGGAGGAAUUUUGUGAUGAACCCUCAAAAUGGUUUGACCAUAAAACCGUUUAGAAGAGCGCAUGCUAACAGAGAUACCGAUCAAGAACUGGUAAAGCUUACUCAGUAUUUGCUCGAUAUAGCUGAGCUCAAUGACCUAAGCGCCCUCGAUCACAACAACUGGGAGUCGUUCAGCAAUUUCAAGAGGCGCAGGCAUUAAAAUUAAUAUUAGUAAGUUAUCUCCUUUUUCUUGAAUGUCUGGUUCUGUUCUCCUGAGGAACUAAUUACCUAAAGAAAUUAUUUGAAGAAUUAUUAAACCGUUUUUCAUUUUUAUUCGGGCCAGUUUUCCUAGUAUUACCUAUUAUUUAUACUUUUUUUUUUUU